AUGGCGUCCUGUAAUAUUCCUCAGUGGGCUAGAAACUUAACGGAUCCAAACUAUCAUAAAUCAAUAACAAUCGUUUCCUCAAAUACUCUUCCCUCUCCUCCAGGUUACUCAAAGAAAGGUGAACUUAAAAACGUUAAUGCAAGUAAGAGAGAAGAACGUUCGAAUACCGAGCAUAUCAAUUCUUUACAGAUAAGUAAAGCAUGGCAAUUAGCAUUGGCUCCAGCCAAAAAUAUUCCAAUGAACAUUUUUAUGUCUUACAUGUCCGGUACUUCACUCCAAGUAAUUCCGCUUAUGACGGCCUUAAUGCUGCUAUCUGGCCCAAUAAAAAGUGUGGCCAGUAUUCGAUCAACAUUCAGAGGUUUAUUGGAUAAUAAUGAGAUAUAUGCAAAUGUAAUUGCUGCCAUGUUUAUGUACGUUUUAUUUCAGUGCGUUUUAAUGGCAAUUGGAUUGCAGAAACUAAACUCAAUGGGUCUACUACCGAACACUAAGAGUGAUUGGCUGGCAUGGGAGUCACCAAUGGCCUAUAACAUUAAGGCUUAUGCAUUUUAA